CCUACCGCGUUGAGAGACAGCGCACCUACCCACCCCCCGACACACACUCACACCCUGCAACCACCUUCCUCGUCUUCACUCUUCACUCUUGCCUCCUCUUCCUCCUCCUCCAUUCAUUCCUUUCACAUCUGUCGCCUUCAUCUUUCGACUCGGUUGGAUCCCCAUAUCAGCACACACACACACCGCACACAACAACACACCCCACACACUAAUCACUUCACGUCGAACCCCGCACAACCAGACUCGAACCACAAAGAGUCCCCGUUAUCGCGCAACAUCCCACGACCCCUUCCCCCCCACCAAUCUGUCCUCAUUCAACAACCACGCUACAAGGCGCUACAGCGCACAACGGCACACACACUCACACACACACACACACACACAACAACUACCACCUAGACCGCAUCACCAUACACCAACAAACGACGGCAUUUUACCCCCUUUGGACUCACACGCAUCGCACGACACACCCCCAUCACUCAACUUCAUCAUGUCCAUCUCACUCCCCAACGGCACAAUGCUUGCCGCACCCUCAUCCUCGCAGCCCCAAGUGUCCGCUGCCGUCACUCGCAUCCUCCACCUUGCAAACUUCUCCCCAGAGAUCAAGACUCGCGACAUUCAGACAAUCUUCAAGGAAUGGGAGUCGGAAAAGGGCGGCUUCAGGAUCAAGUGGCUUGACGAUGUCAACGCAAUGGUCGUCUUUGCCGACGCCAACGUUGCCAAGCGCGCAUACCUCAACCUCCUGCUCAACCCUCCACCCACGCUGCCAGCACCCGCCACUAUCCGCCCCUAUGACCGACCGGAUGCGGCUCAGGUCAUCCAGUCGCUCGCCGCUCGUGCCAUGGGCCACCGUGCUUCCAUGUCCUCGGCCCUGACAUCUGGCAACUUUGCCAACCUCGUGCGCGACGACGGCGCUGGGCGCUCGGCUUCCAUCUCUGGCCCUGGUGGCCUGAACGGGUUCAAGAUGCCCCUCAACCCGUCCUUUUCGUUUGGCGGCUCGGCAGGUGCUGGUGGCAACGGGCGCGGCGCCGGUCCUUCACACGGCAGCCGCCUCGGAUCCCUCAGCCACCAGCGUACCGGCUCGGCGUCAUCCUCGUGGACGAGGCAGUCUAUGAACGGUGCUCUGAGCUUUGGUGGCGCGGUCAACCCCCCAUCCCUCGGUGCUGCAAGGCUUCCUACCCACUCUGAAGGAUCGUCGGCCGGUCCUCCAUCCCGCUCCACGUCGUCGUCUGGCUCGCACAAUGACCCCAUUGUCGUGUUGGACUCGAGCGCCCAGCUCAAGAGCAUAAACGCCUCGCUUGGUGGCCGUUCCAACGUCAACAAGGGCAGGCGCGAGAGUGUUAGUGCUGAGAAAGCCCUUCGCGAAGUCGAGAAGGCGCUGCAGAGCGUGGAGGCUCAGGGCUAAUCCUCACAGCCGACGUAGUAGUCCAAGUGUGCCAUGUCUGGCCUUGGUCUGUCACUCACUUCCCCCCCAAACCCAACCCCACAUUUUCAUCUCAAACUUCAAUCUCAUUCAGUGUUGUCUUACUUUACCUCGUCUUGCCCAUACUUCAGUUCUCUCCCCUUCAUUCUCUUCUACCUUUUCCCCUUUCACGAGUCAGCCUUCACGUCUGCUCCAUCUGUCGCCACCUCUCUCUCUCUCCCCCACACUCUCGGCAUGACGCUAGUCAUUCCUUUCAAGAUGCAUGUAUCGUGGUGUCGAA